AUGCUUGUCUCAUUGACAGUCGGUAAGGUAGAUGCAGGUGUUGCCGUUCUCUUGACUCACGACAAUCGUUUGAUCGAAUUCCCAUCUUUCCUCCUUCCCAAUAACAUCUCCUCUGGAAGCAUUGUCGACAUCAAUGUUGCGCGCAAUCACGCUGCUGAAGCCGCAAAUGCAACCGCCUUCCAGACCCUCCAGAAACGGAUCCUCAAUAAGUACGGCGUGAAAGCCCCGUCGCCACCGGUUCUUCGGCUGCGGAAUGCUACACAAACAUCUCUUGUCCUCGAAUGGGACCCUAUCGACCUGGCAACAGCGUCUCUGAAAUCUCUCUCCCUGUACCGCAAUAACUCCAAGGCCGGGUCUAUCCCGCGACCACUGGAGACACGCAGCACGAAAAUCUCCGGUCUGGCUAUUCAUACCGAAUACACCUUCCAUCUGUCUGAGAAGCUUACCUGCCGCACCCACAAGAUGACCGAUCUUUCUGGUAUCACCGUCACUGCUGGUGUCCUCGACCCAGCCCGCAAAGAGGCCCUUGGCGCUGCUCUGGAUCGCAUUGGUGGUAAAUUGAUUGACACUGUCCGCAUCGACACCACCCACUUCGUCUGCUCCGAGGGUCGCGGUCCGCAGUGGGAGAAGGCUGUGGCCUCGAACAUACCGGUAGUGGUUCCCGAGUGGGUGGACGCUUGCGAGUCUGAAGGUACAAUUGUUGGAGUGCGUGGCUAUUAUCUCAAUGCCGAUCCUAAGGCUCGCCAGCUGGGUGUCAUGCACGGUUCUUCUCAUCAGCGCACUACCUCUACCGUCUCCUUACAUUCCACUGCUACCGGCCGCCCCAGUACGCAGCCCCAAGCCGCGGAACCCGUCCCCGAGCAACGUCAGCAAGCACCAGAGCAGCCUCCAGAGCAGCUCCCAGAGCCUCCUCUUACCCCAUUCCCUGGAGGUGAAACGAGCAGUCAGCCACAGGCACAGGAAGAAGAAGUCGGGUCAGAAGAUGAAGAGGAAGCGGUUCCCCCUCCGCCUCCUAAGGAUGCAGGUGAAAGCGAUGCGGACAAGCCUAAGCCUAACGGCGAUUUGCAUGCUCCGGAGCAAAAUGGAGAGACCGGGGAAACAGAGUCUAGUGAUGAAGAGGGGAACACGCAUGAGGGCACGCUACCUCAAAACAGACCUGACGAGGCUGAACAACCCAGUGACACAAGCUCAAAGGGUAAGGGCAAAGAGGGAGAAAGCGACUUCAAUGAGGUUCCUCUUUAG